CCAGAGUCUUGUGGGGUUUGUUCGUGCGUGUGUGUGUGUGAUCGCAGUUGUAGCUUUAUCUUAAAACAAAACGGUGCGCCACAAGGGUAACAACGGUUGACGUGUUUAAAGCAUCCUUUUCGCAUAAGCUAAAAUAUUUCCCGGUGGUGUCCAGUUGUGUGUACAGCAGUGGUGUCCUUGUGAAAGCCCAACCAUUCGUUUACUACCACAGCCCACAAAAUGUCAAAAGUGAAAGUUUACAGCAACCAGAUGCACCUAGCACGGCUAGAAUCGGUACUAACUCCCGUCAGGCUGUGCGUGACCGUGUUGGCGUUUCUGCUGCUGACAGUGACGGGAACCGUUCAGCCGGAAGCGAACAGCAUCGUUCAUCGUCCAUCACCACAUCACCAUCGGCACCACUUACAUCGGGGUGUGACGCAACAGGAAUAUGAUAACAUUGGUGACGGCGGAGGCGGUGGUCGUAGUGACGUUGACCGAAAAUUCAUGCAGCACGGCAAUUUCAUACUCAUCGAUUAUCUGAACGAUGGCGAGCGGGAACGGCGCAUCAGUUGGAAUGGUGCAAUCGGCAAGGAGACCAGUCUAGCCGAUAAUAGCUCCAACAAAACGUUGAGUCUCUGGCAAAUGGUCUACGGCAAGUACCUGAUACAGAUAAUCUACAACAGCGACGGACAAAUGAUGGACUGCGAGUACGUCCGGCAGCGCGGUAUGGUGCACCAGUUUCGGACACGGUUCUAUAAGGAAUUCUUCCAAGCAUUGGCACGGAACUUCACUUCACCGUUUAACGGGUUGGCCGGCAGCACGAGACACCAUUCGCUAGUGUCCGAUCAUGACUUCGAGCAGUACAUCGAGCACGAUAUCGUUACGCCCGAGAUGGAGGAGCUGCAGUACAAUGUGUACGAGUUCCCGGCAGGCGUUCCGGACACUCACCAAACCAUCGAUGCGUUCGGUAUGCGCAAUCUGACGUACAUUCCGCUUCAUGCCCAGGCAGAUAUCCCGGCGGAUUUGCUGGAACAGUUAAACUUUCGCGAACUAAAGCAGCGUUGUAAUGUGCGGCAUAUGCAGCUGAAAGAAAUUGCCCACGGGUUGCAGAGUGCCGAUCCCGAACAUCAGCGGAUAGCAAACGAGAAUUUGCAAAGACAGCGACGUGACCUGUCCAGUAUGAUGCGCGUUCCGGGCACGAAAUGGUGCGGCAAGGGCUGGAGUGCCCGCAACUACGUCGAAAUGGGCGGUUACUCGAAGGCCGAUCGAUGUUGCCGCCAACACGACCUAUCCUGCCCAUUCUGGAUACUGGGCUUCGAGACGAAGUACAACCUGUUCAACUGGCGCGUCAACACACUGAUGCACUGCGGAUGCGACGAGAGAUUUCGUACCUGUCUCAAGAUGGCCGACUCCAGUGAUGCCAAUCUGGUCGGCAAGCUGUUCUUCAACAUUGUCCAGAUGAAAUGUUUCGUGCUGAAGCCGGAAACGGUGUGCGUGAAGCGGACCUGGUGGAACAAAUGCGAAAAGAAGAUCCGCCGGAAACGGGCACACCUGCGGGACAAUAGAAAGUUUUAGAGUAAAAGUAAUAGUGUGUGGUGGAAAGGAUGAACUUUCCUUUCCGGUUUUGAGUACUACACACACACACACACACUUAGUAAACUAUAGUAAACCAAAGAGGGAAUGUCAUGCAAGUGAAGUGAACUUUGAAGUGAAUGCUUUUCGAGUUUAUCUUCAGCAAAAAAAAGAUUCAAACUGGACAAAGAUCACGUUGCUUACACACAGUUUAUCUUUGGGUUCACUGACAGUUGAUUAAGUAUGCGUAAAGUGCGCGAUAUAGGUUGUCUAAGAAACCUGUGUAAAUGAAUGUUGUACCCUGUAAUUAUUUAUUGUCCGUUUCUUGCAAAAUGUAGCAGUAGCUACGUUUUUGUUAGUAGUGAUCGCUCCACCCGAGUGUGACAUUAUUUAUGCUGUUUAACGAACGUCGCCCGGGUUCGAACCCCAGGGUGAGGAACACAGUUCAAACGUAUUCCUAUUAGCAUCGUAAGCAACUGGACUAAACGGUGAUCAAAGCAAAUCGGGGUAGUUCGUAAGAUGUUAGCUAAGGUAGACGGUUAGUACCGUGAGGAUGUGAUCGCGUGCGACUGUCAAACGCAAAGCCGAGUAUUUAUCAAACAACCACGCCAGCAAACAGCAAAAUGUGCAUCCAUAUGUUGAUCUGAGCUAGUAGUAGGAUAAUGUUAACGGAAGGGUAGAAGUAUUAGUAAAUGUUUAGACGCAACGAUAAGAAAAACUUUCUGUGUGCAUAUGACGGUAGGGCAACAUUAGCAAUAGAUUCCAUGACGUAAACUUACUGAAACGGCGCAUGUGGCCAUCAGCUCUUUGCCCCUCUUGUGGGAAGGCUCUCGGCCAGUGCGAGAAUUAUGUAUUUAUUGAAGUAUACUACGCUAGCUUAAUAGGUUGGAUGUUUUCCGACAGGUUUUUGAGACUCAAACACUAACUAAACUAAAGAGGUCCGCUUUCUUAAACAAGCGUAGAAUUGUUUGCGCUUUUUCAACAAAUUACUACUGCAUACUGUAAAAAUUGUACAUAUAUUUAGCGAGAUCUAUCAGCUUUGGGACGACAAGCGCGUAGACGCAUUCAAUUGUACAUAACAAAAGGGUAAUAUUAAGUGAUGUAUAUAAACCGUUUAACAAUACACAACAAGAGAAAAAAAAUCAAAACUAUGCAAUAAAAACCAAUCGCAUGUGUGAAAUGAAGCAAAAGAAGCGCAUAGCGAAAUACACUCACAGAUAUAAUUAUAAAGAUGUACCUUGUGUUUUGUGUUGUGGUCCACCGCAAAAUUAUUUGUUUGAAAAUUAAAGUCCACGACAUCCGCGUGUAUUUUUUCGAAGCUUGUUAUACAUUCUACAUACAACGCAAUUGUUCUAAAUUUGAU